AUGAGUGCUUGUAUCACUGCAAAUCGCCGAAUUUUGGUCAAUAUUAUAAAUAUGGAGAAUCAUGAUGUCAAAACGGUAAUGGAGAAAGUGUCGGACGGCAUUGAUAAAGUACAUGACGUGAAGGGCGUACAAGCAGAGCCGACGCCUGCGGCGUCAUCGUUGUCGUUGCCUGUUUCGGAACAAGUGUCGCUCUCUACCGGAGAAAAUAUCAACAAAAAUAAUUAUAUUAAUAAGAAAACCUGUUCUAAAUUAUUAAUAAAAAAUUCUGGAAAAUUUGAAAGUGGUAGUGGUAGUGGAGAUCAGGAGGGAGGUCAGCAUGAAGAUGGAAUUGAUAUUGCAGCGAAAAAAAGAAAAACUCGUAGAGGUAAACCUAAACAUAGAAAAUUAAAACCAUAUUCAAAACAACAAUUAUCAUAUCAACAACAGCUGCGAUAUAGAUCUAGAGGUCGAUUAGCAAAAACUGGUAGACAACCUCCAGCACUAUAUAACACUACACAAUUUCUUAUGGAUGAUCAUAGUGAUCUUCCAGAUCUUGACCAAAAGCUUUCAGAAGCUGCAUCAUCAGAAUUACCUGCUACAUUUCAAAAACCAUCAGCCCCUUCUCGUACUCGAGAUUCUAGUUUCAGUGUUGACUCUGAUGAAGAUUAUUUUUAUUCGUCUCCAGAAGACGAAGAAGAAUUCUUGACAAAGGAAUUCUCAACUGCAUAUGAAGAUCUUCAUGCUGAAAGAUUAAGCACAUUAAGUAAAUCAGAACUGAUACAGGAAUAUCUGCAAUUAGAAGCAAAAGUAGAUUUAUUAACAAAACGACUACGUGGUAAAAAUUUUCAUCAAACAGAACAACGAGACUUGGAAAGCAACAGUAGUAGUACAGAUUCAGAAUCAGCAAAAAAAUUAAAAAUCUGUCAACAACGAAUUGAUGAUUUAAUGCAACAAAAUGAACAAUUAAAACGAGAAAAUGAAUUAUUAAGAGCUAAAAGGGACGGCAGUCCAGUUUCAAGUGUUGAUAGCGAAAGCGACAGUGAUAGUACAAGUAAUGAGAAUAGGAGCAGAUGUAGUUGUCUCCUUCCAAAUUCUAGCUCUUCUUCAGAACUUAUGGGAUAUGUUUCUAGAAGUAAAAAUAGUCAGAGAAAAGAUAGUUCUGUCUCUAGUACUGAUAGUAAAAGUGAUACUUGUGAUAGUAGUUCAAGUGAGAAUUCUAAAGCAUCUAUGACCCCAGUUAAUCUUUCAAAUGGUCAUGUAACCAUUCAAAAAAUUGAUGGUCUCCCUACAUAA